UCAUUUCCGGUUCUUCUUGCAGCAGCCACAGACCAGAGAGGAAAGAUGGCGGCGGCCGAGUCCGACAGAGAACCACCGUCCGCUUUAUGUUCGGAAUUCCUCAAUUUCUCCGCCAAAGACACGGCGUCGCGGUGGCUGGCAGCGGCUGAACUGCAGCAGGAGGUGUACAGUCACCUGGCCACAUAUGUACCCAGAAUUCUUUGCCUGGGUCCGAGCGGCGGCGGCAGCAGCAGGGAGGAGCAGAGGGAGGAGCAGAGGGAGGAGCUUGCCUGUCAGCUGCUCCUCUUGGCUCCUCUGGAGUGGCUCCUGCUCGGGGAGGAGCCAGCGGCCGGCCUGGCUCAGCUACAGGAGAACAACCAGCCGUCACCGCUGUGUGGGCAUGUGUUCAAGGUGGGGGAGCCCACCUACUCCUGCAGGGAGUGUGCAGCUGAUCCAACAUGUGUUCUGUGCAUGCAGUGUUUCCUGGGCAGCGUUCACAAAGAGCAUCGAUACAGGAUGACCACGUCUGGAGGUGGAGGUUUCUGUGACUGUGGAGAUGCUGAGGCCUGGAAGAAAGGUCCUUACUGCCAGAAACACACACCCACAGACAACAGCAGAGACACUGAGGAGGACCCCGUAGCCCAGCUCCCAGCUGACAUGGUUGCCCGUGGGCACAGCAUCUUCUCCAUCAUUCUGAAAUACGCUGUGGACAUGCUGACCUGGGAACAGGAGGACCAGCUACCUGCAGGACUGGAGCCACCGGAGAGAGGAGACACCUACUACUGCAUGUUGUUUAAUGAUGAAGUCCACACGUAUGAACAGGUGAUCUACACUCUGCAGAAAGCUGUAAACUGCAGCCAGAAGGAGGCCGUCAGCUUCGCCACCACCGUCGACAGAGACGGCAGGAAGUCGGUUCGAUAUGGAGAUUUCCAGUUCUGCGAACAGGCCAAGUCUGUGAUAGUGAGGAACACCAGUCGUCAGUCGAAGCCACUCAGGGUUCAGGUGAUGCACUCGUCUGUUGUUGCUCAUCAGUGUUUCGCUCUGAAGGCCCUGACCUGGUUGGGACAGAUCCUUCAGUACUCUGACGGUCUGAGGAGGAUCCUGUGUCAGGUCGGACUCCAGAAAGGGCCAGAAGGAGAGAACUCCUCACUGGUCGACCGACUGAUGCUGAACGACUCCAAGAUGUGGAAAGGAGCGAGGAACAUCUACCACCAGCUGCUGAUGAACAGCCUCCUCAUGGACCUCAAGUACAAGAAGAUCUUUGCCAUCCAGUUCGCCAAGAGUUAUGAACGAUUGCAGAGCGACUACGUGAAAGACGACCACGACCGUGAGUUCUCCAUCACUGACCUGUCAGUGCAAAUAUUCACCGUCCCGUCGCUGGCCCGGAUGCUGAUGGUGGAGGAGAACCUGAUGACCACCAUCAUCAGGACGUUUGUGGAUCACCUCCGUCACAGAGACCUGCAGGGGCGCUUCCAGUUCGACCGCUACACGGCCCAACAGGCCUUCAAGUUCGGACGAGUCCAGAGCCUCAUAGGAGACCUCAAGUACGUCCUGAUCAGUCGUCCCUCUGAGUGGAGCGAUCAGCUCAGACUGAAGUUUCUAGAAGGUCUCGACGCUUUUCUGGAGCUGCUCAAGUGUAUGCAGGGCAUGGACCCGGUGGUGAGACAGGUGGGGCAGCACAUAGAGAUGGAGCCUGAGUGGGAGGCAGCGUUCACUCUGCAGAUGAAACUGACUCACAUCAUCUCCAUGAUCCAGGAGUGGUGCUCCGCUGACGAGCGCGUGUUGAUCGAGGCCUACAGGAAGUGUCUGAGCGCGCUCAGUCACUGCCACAGCGGCCUCCCAGACGGCGAGCAGCCAAUCAGCUUGAGCCUGGCUGGUCACUCUGUGGAGACGUUCAGGUACCAGGUGUCUCAGGACAAAGUGUCCAUACACCUGCCGGUCUGCAGGCUGCUGGCAGGUCUCCAUGUUCUCCUCAGCAGGACAGAAGUCGCCUCUCGUUUCCCUGAACAACUUCCUCUGGGUGAACUCAGCCCCCCCCUACUCAUCGAACUCCCCCUCCGCUGCCUGGUCCUCUGUGCUCAGGUGCAUGCUGGGAUGUGGAGGAGGAACGGUUUCUCGCUGAUCAACCAGAUCUAUUACUAUCACAACGUGAAGUGCAGAGUGGAGAUGUUCGACAAAGACGUCAUCAUGCUGCAGGCCGGCGCUUCCAUGAUGGAUCCAAACCACUUCCUGAUGAUCGUUCUGAGUCGAUUCGAACUGGUCCACAUUUUCAGCUCUGCAGACUUCAGGAAGAGAUACAGAGAGGCCAACAAGGACGUGGUCCAACAGAACAACACUCUGAUCGAGGAGAUGCUUCACCUCAUCAUCAUGGUCGUCGGUGAGCGGUACGUGGCAGGUGUUGGACAGGUGGAGCCCUUUGAUGAGGUCAGAAGAGAAAUCAUCCACCAACUGUCGAUCAGACCGAUGGCUCACAGUGAGCUGGUGAAGGCUCUGCCUGAGAACGGGAAUAAGGAGACCGGUCUGGAGAGAGUCAUCGACAGUGUCGCUUCAUUCAAGAAACCUGGUGUGACGGGUCGAGGUCUGUAUGAGCUGCGUCCUGAGUGGAACAAAUACUUCAACCUGUACUUCCAUCACUACAGCAGAGCCGACCAGUCGAAGGCCGAGGAGGCUCAGAGGAAGCUGAGGAGACAGAACGGGGAGGACACAGCCCUGCCCCCCCCUCCCCCUCCCCCUCUCUGUCCUCUGUUUGGCAGCCUGGUGAACCUGCUGCAGUGUGACGUGCUGCUGGCUGUAGAGGGCGCCGUGCUGCAGUGGGCUGUGGAGCCCAGUGGGGGGGGCUGGACCGAGUCCAUGCUGCAGAGGGUGCUCCACCUGGUGGGCAUGGCUCUGCUGGAGGAGCAGCAGCAGCUGGAGAACGGCAAUGGAGACGAUGACGUCACCUUCAACUACACCUGCAAGAUUACACGUCCAGGUGAAGCUCCCAGUACUUCAGGGAGUGUCCUGGCCUUGCUAGAGAGUCUGCAGAACGCUCCUCACCUGGAGGUCCACAAAGACAUGAUCACCUGGAUCCUCAAGAUGGUUGCAAACAUCAAAACAAUGAGAGAACGAACGUCGUCCACGUCCACUAUCACCAUCAGCCCGGGACAAGGACAGGAGGAGACGCUGAGAGAUAAAGACAAGGCGGAGAGGAAGAGGAAGGCGGAGAUGGCCCGACUCCGGAGGGAGAAGAUCAUGGCUCAGAUGUCCGAGAUGCAGAAACAUUUCAUCAACGAGAACAAAGAACUUUUUCAACAAAGUCUGGAGGAGCUGGAGGCGUCGACGUCUGCUGCUGCAGAGAACAGUCCUCCCAGUUUGGUGCCGACCUGUGUUUCACAGGUGUGUGUUGGUCCCAGGAGGGUGGGCGGAGCUGAGCGUCGUCAGUUGGUGACCUGUAUCCUGUGUCAGGAGGAGCAGGAGGUCAGAGGUCACGGCAGAGCCAUGGUGCUGGCUGCGUUCGUCCAGCGGUCGACCGUUUUGUCCAAAAACCGCCGCCGCAACUUACCCGACCCCGAGCGGCACGACCCUGUGUUCAUGCACCCUGACCUGUCUCUGGGGAUUCACACAGCCAGCUGUGGACACAUCAUGCACGCCACCUGCUGGCAGAGGUACUUUGAGGCGGUGCAGUUGAAGGAGCAGAGACGUCAGCAGCGUCUUCGAGGUCACACCAGCUACGACGUGGAGAACGGAGAGUUUCUUUGUCCGCUCUGCGAGUGUCUGAGCAACACUGUGAUCCCUCUGCUGCCACACACUCACACACCUGACCACAGUGUCAAUCAUCCCAAUCUGGAGGCGUGGCUUAAGACAACCAAUCAACAUAUAGCAGCACUACACUCCACCCACAGGAUGCAGUCUGACGGUGCAGCAGAGGGGGUGGAGCCUGUCGUUCCUGAAGGAUUCAGAGUCGACUUCACUCCACAGAACCCGUUCUCCAGCAGCAUCAGUGAGAUGAUCACCACCUUCAGCAUGUCGACCUACAAGGUGGGACUGAAGGUGAACCCCAAUGAGCAGGACCACCGAGUCCCAGUGCUGAGCUGGUCCACCUGCGCCUACACCAUCCAGAGUAUAGAGCGCCUCCUGAUGGACGAGGAGAAGCCGUUGUUUGGAAGUUUACCUUGUCGACAGGACGACUGUCUCAGCUCUCUCACCAGGUUCAGUUCGGCCUGUUGGACCGCAGCUCCACUGAAAACGAUUCACACACACUUCAUCAGACUGUUUGCAGCCCUGGUUCCUGACUCUCAGGUGGAAAACACUUUGUGUAUCCUCGACAUUGAUAUGUUUCACCUGCUGGUUUACAGUGUGCUGUCCUACACCUCGGUUCACAGUCUGGACCAAUCAGGACGCAGCGUGGUUGACUCAGCCCACCUCCACCUCCUUCACCUGGUCACUGUGGCUCACCUGGUUCAGAUCCUGCUCACCUCCGCCACAGAGGAUGUGUGUAUGGAUCAGGACAGUGCAGGGUCAGAGGAGGAGGAGUUCACAUGUCAGCUCUAUGACACACUGAGGAAACACCUGGGCAGUUUGUUACCAGAAGAGUCUUCUGGGUGGCAGUUGUGGCAUUGUGUUAAAACCGGCAUCCUGCCGUUCCUUCGAGCAGCCGCCCUCUUCUUCCACUACCUGAACUCUACAGCGCCGCCUGCUGACCUGCUGGUUGCAGGUCCUGGUCAAUGGGAGGCGGUGUGCAGCUACCUCAGUCUGCCCUCCAACCUGCUGCAGCUCUACCAGAGCCAACACACACUGCUGGAGCCUCUCAUACACAGGUGGUGUUGUCAUCCAGGUGUGAGACAGACACUGCAGGGGGGCGGAGUCAUCGUCAGGUUCCCCAGAGAGUCAAACCGACUGAUUGAGCUGCCGGAAGAUUACAGCGUCCUGAUCAACCAGGCGUCCAGCUUCACGUGUCCGCGGUCAGGUGGAGAUAAGUCCCGUGCUCCCACCCUGUGUCUGGUCUGUGGCUCCAUGUUGUGUUCUCAGAGUUACUGCUGUCAGACAGAGGUGGACGGAGAAGACGUAGGAGCCUGCACCGCCCACACCUUCACCUGUGGAGCCGGCCUCGGACUCUUCCUCAGGGUCAGAGAGAGUCAGGUGUUGUUUGUAGCAGGUAAAACAAAGGGCUGUUUCUAUCCUCCUCCUUACCUGGACGACUACGGAGAGACCGACCAGGGACUCAAGCGGGGGAACCCCCUCCACCUGUGUCAGGAGCGCUACAGGAAGAUCGAGCGUCUGUGGCGGCAGCACGGCGUCGCUGAAGUCAUUGGUCACGCUCAGGAGGCCAAUCAGACGCUGGUCGCCAUCGACUGGCAACACCUGUGAUGCUUCUGCUCGGCUCCGCCCCCUCAUGCUUAGAAAGACAGCAAGUUAUUGGCUCGCAGCUUUUACCCCCCCCCCCCCUUAAAAACGAACCCUUCCCCCUCGACCAAUCAGCUUCCUGCAGCCCAGCGCUGAGCUCAGAUCAGCUUUCAGGGAUUUUUUCAGGACGUUUGGUUUUUUUGGUUUCUGUUUGACCUCUGACCCUCCGUGCGUCAUCCACCAAUCAGAGAGAGGCAGUAACACUGACUCCAGGACAGUUUAGAGGUUUUAGUUUCAGUUUCUUUUCAUUUCUAGUUUUUUCUGUGAAUCUUUAAAAAUCCUGAAGUUCUGCAGAAAUUAAAAUGACUCAUUAACGUUAACAGAGAGCCAAAGUGAAGCCCCGCCCACACGCACAAGUUGAUUGACAGGUGGUUUCAAACAGACCCAGAAAUCUGUUUGAUGUUUGACUCCUUCAAAUUCAAACCUCCUCUCAGGUCGCAGGUUGAAAAACUCACCUGGUUUCAGAAGCCGCCGCCCACUUCUCUGAUUGGUUCAGAGGUUCAAACAGGUGUGUGUCUCUGUUUCCACAGAGGUGUGAAGACAGCGCGUGUCGGACAUGAAGCAGAGAAAAUCUGCAUCAAAGGUACAGAAAGCCUGUGGAUGGAAAAACUACAACUCCCAAGGUGCAUUUCACUAACAAUCAGCUUAUCGAAGCUUCACGUUCUACAGAGUUUGUAGCUUCAUUUUCGACUUUGUAGAAACCUGAGAAAUCAUUCAGCAGUUUAAUUAGCAACAGCAGCUGAGGCUCAUGGGUAUUGUAGUACCAGGUGAGUCGCACCGGAGUAUCAUUCACUCCUCUACAGCACAUUUAGAGCUGCUGAAAAUGUGAUUAAUCAUUUAGCAAUCAGCAGCUAUUCUGAUAAUCAAUAAAUCAUCUCAGAUUUAACAAACUGGUUCCUGGUUCUCACCUGUGAAGAUUUGACACUUUUUAGUCUCCGUUUCCUCCUGAGUGUCUGUGAACGGACUCACCUGGAGAACCUGAGAGACUCUCACCUGUGACCUCUGACCUUCUAUAUAAAAUUUCAGUGCUGCAGCAGGUCACUGUAUCAGACUCCAGGCUCCAAAACAAACAUGAUGUUCACAUUUACAACGGAGCUUGAACGUGACAUGACAGGGAAACGAAGACGCAGAAACAACAAAUCAGUUUUAUUCUGAAAAACCAAACAGGAAAGAGAAAAAAACAGACCUGACUGAGUUUUAUUUAUGAAUUUUGUUUCAGCUGACUACAUUUCUGAAUUAGAGCUGCAUCUAUUGAUUCUUUUCUUUACCAAUCAAUCUGCUGAUUAUUCUCUCCAUUAAUCGAUUGAUUGAUUGAUCUUUAAUAGAUGAGAAACCAGUGAAAGUAGCCGUCACUUUCUCUCAUCCAUCAUAACAUGUUUACGAUUUCUGUUUAAAAAGUGAUUUAAUUGAUCAAUGGAUUCAUGAAAUUAAUUUCUAAUCGAUUAAUUGAUGAAAAGCUUCAGAUCUUCACAUGUAAGAAACAAAUAUUUUGCCUCUUGUUUUGAAAACAGGAUUCUUCCGUUAUCAGAACAGCCGCUGAGCCUCAUGUUAUUAAAACAGGAAUAUUAAUUAUUCAUAUUAAUCGUUUUCUCUGUGUGUCAUUAGACAGAGUUCGAGGUCGGAGCUUCAGCUGAGUAUCGAUCAGAAACCACAUAUCAGAGCUGCGUAUUGAUUAGGAAUGAACGACUGAUACUGAUCAGUUUUUUUUAGUUUUGUUAUAAGGUUUUAUUUAAAGAGACUCUGGGUGUGUGUGUGUGUGUGUGUGUGUGUGUGCUUCAUGUGUUUGCUUGUGUGGAGAGCUGUGUGUUUUUUAUGGGUUUGAGUUUGUGAAAUGUGAGAGGCGACAGAAAACUGAGAUUAAAGACGACAGAAAAAUCUCCAUCUUUUACUUUAUUUAUCAGUUUGUUUGUUUUUUAAACAAGUGAAAAACAAAAGUUUCUUUUUCAGAUUUUUUUUACUUGUUUAAAAUAAAUCAGAUUUUUAUAAACUGAUAAACAAAGAAAAAACAUUUUUAGGUUGGAGAUCAUUGUUUACGUAGUUUUUUUAUUGAGGGUCACCUGAUGGUCUCGACAGCAUGUUGCCUCCUCACCACUGCAUCAUUUAUCACUUCUGACUUGUUAAUAUGUGAAUUCUUGUAUAAAUGAGGAAAUGUACAAUAUUGUAUAAGAAUUACAAAACCAAUAAAAAGUUUAAAAGGA